GUAAAAACAAUGAAAUGCGAGCAGAGACGCGUUUAAGUAUAUAAAUCACUUGGAUAAAUCAUGCAACUCUGAUCUCUUUGAGCAAGACUAAAUAGGCACAGGACGAGGAUUAUGUGGAUUUCUGCAUCCACACCUGCGCACCCGCACUCUGGAAGCCUGAAAGAGGAAGGAAACCUGCAGAACGUGUUUUAAAACUCGCCCUUUUCCCUCUGCAAAACCAUGCAGAGCAACAGCAGCGCCUCCGGACCCCUGACCGCUCUGAGUGUGUGCGGAGGGGAAGAGGAUGAAGGCGAAAUCUUCAAACUUGUCAGCCCCACAGGAACAGCCUCCAACCUCGCAGCUUUUAACCUUUCACUGAACUGCUGGCUUCACAUCCUCUCCAAGGAGUCCUCGCUGGACCUGCACGGAGACAGUGCGAACAUGGCAGUGCGAGUUCUCAUUGCCCUGGUCUACCUGGUGGUGUGUGUCCUGGGGCUUGUGGGUAACCUCUUGGCACUCUUCCUGCUCCACUCCCGCCGCCGGGGCCACCACCACUCCUCCAUCGACUGCUUCGUGAUGAGCCUGGCGCUGACAGACCUCCAGUUUGUCCUCACCUUGCCCUUCUGGGCUGUGGACACGGUGCUGGACUUCCGCUGGCCCUUUGGCCGGGUCAUGUGCAAGAUCGUGAGCUCGGUCACCACCCUGAACAUGUAUGCCAGCGUCUUCUUCCUCACCGCCAUGAGCAUGACCCGCUACCGCUCUCUGGUUACCUCUCUGAAGAUGGACAGCCCUAGGAUCGCCACUGCUCGUGCCAAAUGGGCCAGUUUGGCCAUUUGGGUGGUGUCACUAGUGGCUACGCUGCCUCAUGCUUUCUACUCCACCACUGUCCAGGUAUCUACAGAUGAUGAGCUGUGCUUAGUGCGGUUCUCUGACUCUGAUUCAAACCACUGGGAUCCUCAAGUCCUGCUUGGACUCUAUCAAACACAGAAAGUCCUCUUGGGAUUUGUAGUUCCCUUGAUUGUCAUCUCUGUGUGCUACCUCCUCCUCCUGAGGUUCAUCCUGAGCCGGCGUAUCGUAUGCAGCAUGGUCAGUGAGAGUGUGACAGAGAGGUCAGAGUGUGAGAGAGGACGCCACCGCCGCCGCUCUAAAGUCACCCGCUCUGUCACCAUCGUAGUUUUGUCCUUUUUCAUCUGCUGGAUGCCUAACCAGGCUCUCACCCUGUGGGGGGUGCUAAUCAAAUUUGAUUUGGUGCCCUUCAGUAAAGCCUUUUACAACGCCCAGGCCUAUGCCUUCCCCCUGACUGUGUGUUUAGCUCAUGCAAACAGCUGUCUCAACCCGGUGCUCUACUGCCUGAUCCGAAAAGAGUACAGAGCAGGACUGAAGGAGCUUCUGCUGAGAGUGUCUCACUCCAUCCAAAAUGUUCUCACUCUGGCUCUGAGAGGGAGGAGAGUGGAUGAAGCACCGCCCAGCCUGGUUAUGAUACACAAAGACAUCAAUAUGUGAUUUACUCUGUAAAAUGAAUAGUUUGACAUUUUGGGAAAUACAAUUAUUCGCUUUCUUGCUGAGAGUUAGAUGAGAAGAUUAAUACCACCCUCAUGUUUGGACGCUAAAUAUAAGCAGGUUAGCUUAGCUUAGCACAAGGGCUGGAAACAGGGGGAAACGGCUAGCCUGGCUCUGUCCAAAGGUAAUUAAAUGCCAGCACCUCUAAAGCGCUCUAAUAAACACGUUGUAUCUCAUUUGUUUAAUCCAUAUAAAAACCAACGUGAAAAAAAGACAAAUUACGUGCAGGACUAUUUCUUGGCUCAGAGUAGUAACUUGGUUGACCAGUUAUGUUUUAGCUUGACUAUGCACUUUUGUGGAAAGUGCUCUCCUCGCCAGAUACGCCACUGUGGAAAUAAUCUCUUUCUCCCUGAAUCACAAGUACAUUCUGGAAAAUAAUCAAUACCUCGAAUAAAACGCCUCUGAGUAAAACUGUGGGCUGACCCCACACAAUCAAGCAAAAUACAGUGUAGUGUUUGAACAGUUCAACCAGUAAAGUGAUUUUUGUACUUUGCAUCUCAAACACCCACUCAGGCAAUCAUGAGGACUGUAAGAUUGUUACAUUUUCAUUGGGAUUGACUGAUAUUUAUUUGUUUUAUUGUUGCUAACUCAGUCAGGACAGUAGAAUCUCCCACACUUUACUCUUCAUAUGCAGUAAAACGUAACUUCAGGAUAUUUGUCAUUCAGUGUAGCAUGAAACUGUCGCCCAUGUUCAUGUCUCUCGGUGUCUGCAUUGCUGUUUUGUGAUUACAGGUAUGUAAUGUGACAUUAAAUAAAAACGAGAGGACAAAAGAG